AUGGACGGAUUGGCAGGUUAUGUCAGGAGUGUGUCAAACCUGUCCCAGAGUGAGAUCAAUUGCACCAACCCUUCCUUGCCCAUCAACGUUGGAUAUUUUAUUGCGGAGGCAUUAACCGCAUUCCUUGCUGUUUUUGGGAAUGUCUUUAUCUGUUUUGUUGUGGCCAGGAACAGAAAGCUGAGGACGGCGACAAAUUACCUCCUGGUGUCACUGGCCGUGGCGGACAUAUUGGUUGGGGCAAUUGCCAUCCCGUGCGCCCUGCUGACAGAUGUCGGCCUACCCCGGUGCAGUUACUAUCUCUGCGUCCUCAUGCUGUGCACCCUGCUGGUCCUCACUCAAGCAUCCAUCUUCGGCAUGUUCACCAUCGCUGUGGAGCGCUACAUCGCUAUCCUGAGGCCCUUCCGUUACCCGGUCCUGGUGACGCCCGGGAACGCCGGCCUGGCCAUCGCCGCGACGUGGGCGCUGGCCGUGGCCAUUGGGCUGGUGCCCCUGAUGGGAUGGCGCAAGGUGCGGGUCUCCGACAGAGGCUGCUUCUUCAACGUUGUCAUCGACGAGAGCUACAUGGUCUACUUCAACUUCCUCGGCUGCACCCUGUUGCCCCUCCUUGCCAUGUUCGUCAUCUACGCCAAGAUAUUCUUUGAGGUGAAGCGGCAGAUCCGGAGGAUAGCCGAGAGACACGUCGGCAUCAGCGCAGAGGAGAAACGCCGGAGAAUUAUCUGUAGGGAGCUCCAGACAGCAAUGUCACUCUUCAUCGUCCUCUUCUGUUUCACCCUGAGCUGGAUUCCGAUCCACAUUCUGCACUGCAUCAGACUCUAUUGCCCAGAGUGCGACGUCUCCACGUCCAUGAUGCUGACCAUGGUCAUUCUGUCCCACUUCAACUCAGUCAUCAACCCCGUCAUCUACGUCUUCAGGAUCAAGGCCUUCUGGGAAGCCUUCAAGGAGGUCUCCUCAUGCAUCCCCUACCCCGCACUCUUCGGGAAGUAUUCCAAAUCGAACUUGACCGUGAUGAUUACAGCCGAAACUUUCAGGAAUCGGAACAAUGCGUUGCCGGGGUUGUAG